CGUUCUAGUACGUGUGUUGCACCUAGACUUAACACUUUUGAAACAGUGGCGGGUAUGGUCGAGAAGAAGGACGCCAAUACGUAGUUCACUUCUUUCGCCGUUGCGGGAGAUCGUUAGUCCGUUGUUUCUUGUGGUUGCGGUGCGACCGGGCGAUGUACGACGACCGUUUCCGUUAUUCGAAUAUUUCAUAAUUCGCGCGCCUAUACCUCUUCUUCUUGUUCGAUGAUAACUUUAAAGCCACCAUCUAUAGGCAAGUUGAUGGUGGUGAUGGUAAUAUGUGCGAUUUUUAUGAAUUGGAUAUCAGGAUAAUGUUAUGGUUGAUGCUUAAGAAGAAUUCUUGUAGAAAAGCAGUAGAGUCUUAGCAAUGCCCAGUUUCACCAGAAUGAAAAUAGAUUUCCUAAAGGGUUUACUAUGGCUAAUCCUCUUACAAUAUGGGCAUAUGGUGCUGUCACUUGAACCAGGAUUCUUGGAUUUUGACAACUUACCCGACACGAACUUUACGUGCGUAGGCAAAGUGAUAGGAGGAUACUAUGCCGAUCUCGAGACGAAUUGUCAGAUGUUUCACGUCUGUACCAUUGGACAAGCAGACGAACCCAUGGACAUUCGAUUUUUGUGUUUAAAUGGUACCGUUUUUGAUCAGGAAACUCGAGUAUGCGAGAGAAUAGACGAGGUAGACUGCUCAAAAUCGGAACGAUUUUAUAGUUUAAACUUAGAGCUGUAUGGAAACACAGGGCCAAUAUUAGAAGAGACUCCAGAAGUUCCUCAAGAGACUGAACCCCCGUCGAUCCAAAUAAAGUCCACAACGACACCGACAACGACCACUGGCGCCACAACAAAGAAGUCAGCGUCGAACGCACCAUAUUACACCACCGCCAGACCAGCGACAUCUAUCAGUCCACAGCCUCAAUCCCAGGGGGUCACUGGGCAUCACUUUCCAGCGAAUCCAGACAUUCGCUUCAACCCCGAAGAAAUUAAUAUUAGUUUAAAUCCUGGCGCCCCGCCAGAUAUAAGGACAAACCGCUUUGGCAUUUUAAGUGAUAGUAAUAAACAUUUAGUAAAUAAUAAUAACAAUAAUAAGCAUGAAGAUCAACGGAAGUCUCAGGCUUCAUCUACUUCUAAAACGAUUUACGCCAUAGACGCUCGUGAUAGUGUUAAGUUACCUCAGAGUAGUAAUAGUUUUGAUUUUGAUGACGCGUUUGCUAGUACCAGUGUGCCUACGCAGCAACAGCAAUUCUUGAUACAGACUAAUAGUUUUAGACAUAGCCAAAGUUAUCCUCAAAAUGUUAAUCCUGAUUCGCAGUACCACCAGCCGCAGUUUCAUUCUACCACAGUCAAACAGCUCGGUGAAUUUAAUCAUGACUCCAGUCACACCACAUCCAGAACCAUUUACCUGUCUCCACAUAAAUUCCAUCAACACCAUCAGUUCAUUCAUCAUCCAAGAACAGAUAAAACUCCUCAGAGGGUGCAAAUCCCUAUACCACUUGUGCCCACCCUUCCUCCAUUAACUUUCAGCUCUCCUGCCCCAUUCAGCCUUCAAAGUCACGUGGAAACCAAAAGGUAUAUUAAAGAGCAUGCCUCUCCACCGAGAAUCAUCAUCAGUGCUAGUGCUAGCGUUAGCGAUGCUAGCGGUCGUCGUUUGAACUACUCUUUAGGAACGAUUGGAGCCCAUAAUAUUCUGGAAACGCCUCCAUCUUCUUACGAUGACUAUAAGGAUGGGGAUGUGGUCCUGGAUCCUUUUUAUCAUGACGUCCCAAAAGUAAAAGAGAGCAAGCGGAGAAGAAAAAGGAGGGCUACCAAAGAAAUCAACCCUUUUGAUAUUAUUAAGAAUGAAAAAGAAGCGGUGGAGGUGUUAAAAUUUCUUUACACGUGGUAUCAAAGUCACCAGGCUACUGCUACUGUACCACCUGUUACUAGCCCUAAGUAUGCUUCAGCAGACGUUUCUGGGCCAGUUACACCAGAGCUUAUCAAAGAGAUUAACGAAUUAGCUCCUGGAGAAAAUCAUUCAAAAGUUCUAUUAGAAGGUGAGAACGACAGUUCCAGUUUGAACUAUUAUAACAAUAAUGUUUCUAUAAUUAAUGACCAAAUAUAUAGGAAUGCACAUGAUAGUAAGAUUAUAGAAAAAAUGGAUAAUGUUGAGCCAACAUUCCUAAAAGAGACGGAAGUGCAUGGUUUUGAUCCUAAUGCAACCGUCGAUGAUAACUAUGAGCCUGAAGUGUAUGUGGCUCAAAUGAAUAAAGAAAAUGAAAAAAGUCAAGAAUACUCAAAGGAAUCAGUUAAGGAAAUUUCAAAGGAAGCUAUUACACACACCAAAUCUAUGGAAAUGAUUAACAAUUCUUCAACAGAGGAUGCUCAGUCAAUUAAAACUUAUUUUGAUCCAAAUGAUUAUGUGGAUGAUAAUUAUGAGCCUAUAGUUUAUAAGGAAGCUGAACCUCAAAGUGAUGAAAAAGAUAAUAAGGUUAAUGACCUGAAUAAACUUAAGUUGAGUAAACCAGAAGAAGAUAAUAAUGAAGCUGGAAUUAAGGAAACUGGCAGAGAUGAAAACAAAAAGUUGAGUAUAAAUAAAGAAACUGAAUAUGUUACUAAUCCGGUGGUUUCUGAGCUUUAUAAAUAUUUUAAUGUAAAACCCUCCUUGACUGCACUAAAAGACACUAAAGAAUCAGAGCUAGAUAUUACAACAACCAUGAAAAGUGAGCCAUCAGAUGAGAAAAAUGAUUUCGUGAUAAAAGAAGAAGUUAACCAAGUAGCAGUAUCAGAUCUUUAUAAAUAUGUUAACGUCAAUAUCCAGCUUUUAAAUGAACAAUCGGCAGUAAAUAAUUCUACUGAUCUUAAAGGAGAUUUGAAUGGGAAAUCUUCAUUAAAUAACUCUGCAGCAGAAGCUGAAGUAAGCGAAGAGAAGCAAACUAGCACUAGUACCACUACUACUAGCACCACCACAAUAGCUCCAAGGUAUACAGUAAAGAAACGUGGCCGUGGUAGACAACGGUAUCUUGACAGUCAACAAGAAGCAAGUUAUAAGUCAGAUAUAUCCAAACACCAUGCUGGAGCACACGAAUCUAAAAAUUAUAUUUCAGACCCAACAAGAGUCCUGAAAAAUAGAGGACGCUCUCGCUUUUCAGUUGCUAAAAAACCAACCACCACUACCACUACGCUUUCUCCUAUUUCAAUAUCCGUGCCUAUUGUAGAAGUUGCUCGAUUAACCACUUCUACGACUACGGUUGCUCCAACUUCAAUAUCUACGUCUAGUGUAGAGGUUUCUAAAUCAAAUCCGACCACGACUACUGAUGCUCCAAGUUCAAUAUCUGAGCCUAAUAUAGAAAUUGCUAAGUCAAUCACCACUACUACUACUGGAGCUUCAAUCUCUGAGCCUAGUAUAAAAAUUUCUACAUCAACCAUUCACUCUACUGAUGUUCAAGAUAGCACAGAACUAAAUAGUUUCCAUUUUAAUAAGCUAAAUAAGUAUGCUUUUUUAGAAUCCCAGGAUAGUACAGAAGCCGAACAUUUGUCAAGCAACAACGAACCAUCUAUUACCGACUCUUCUUAUGGAGCAAAAUUGCUAAGGUAUUUUGCACAAGUUGCACUAGAAGAGUCUACAGAUUCUUCAGCCGUUUCUUAUGAACCUAUAACGGAAAUUGAGAGGACUACAACUCCGGUAUCUAUCCAUAAGGUGAAAAAUUCGAAACGGAAUAGACACAGGCAUUCUAACAGAGUGAGUACAACAGAACUGCCUACUUUAAGAGACAUACAAGACAGCACAAAGUCUGCAGAUGAUGAGUUAUUGGAGAAAUUAUCAACUAUUGAACAGAGCUUGGAACAAACUACAACCAGUUCCACUAUAACUGAUGCUCCAGUUGAAGAAACUGAGAGCUUUGGUACUACUGUUUUAAGUAUAACUGGGCCAACUAUUCCAAGGCAGUAUACUACUGAAGAACCACUUAAAACUGAAACUUUUGUAACAGGUACACAGUCUACUACGGAGCCAUAUAAAAUUAAUUUCUUUGAUGAUGUUUUUAUAGUACCUGAACAUAAUUCAGAAGUAAGCUCUAUGGAUUAUUCAACUGCAAUGAAGACUGAUGAAGAAACAACCACUGUAGAACCUACAACUGAAACAAUAACAUCUACGCCGGAAGUGGAAAUUCAAAAAUCAAUUUCCUUACCGAUAUCAGUUUUGCAAACCAGCUAUCACUUACCACACGACAACAACGCGCAAGAUAUUAACAGUUUGGCUAAUAAUGAAAUCAACCCUUUUCCAACCACUUUACCAGAGACUAGCACAGAAACCACCCAGUUUGAUCAAACCAUUCCUCACGAAGUUGCUUCUACCACAGACGGUAUUGCUGAGACCAUCCCUCAAACCCUCCUGACCACUCCAGCGCCUCUACAUGAUACAACCAGGUUGGAACGACCAAAACAGAGGCCAGGAAUGGUGAACUCUAGUCAUCUUUAUCAAAUUUUGGUUGAAAGUACCACUAAUGAUGAUGCUGUUACUUCUACAACCGGUACAGCUUUGCCUGAUACUGCUACAUCUACAGCUUCAUCUUUUGUUACUUCUACAGUAUCACUUUAUCCUACCAGGAGGAUAAGACCAACUAGAAGAAGACCCCAAGUGAAAGGGAGGAAUCAUUUUGGAAGACAUAGAUUCAGCACUGAGUUAUUUACCACUAAACCCCCCAACAUAACAGAUACUCCUUUGCUCAGAAGUGCAUCUCCUACACGAGCUGAUUUAAAGAAAAUAUCAUUAAUAACCACACCUCUGUCAUCUAAAGGCAAUAAAGGACCGACUCGAGUGGGUAAAAACUACGUUUUUAAUUGCUUUGGUAAGGAAAUCAAUAAGUUCUAUGCUGAUCCAAGAGACUGUAGGCUGUUCCAUUACUGUACAAGCGGCUACAGUAAGAACCAGCUGCUCGACUUGAAGUACGUGUGCGAUCAGAAGACGUUCUUCGAUGAGGAUAAGCUGAUUUGUACGAAAAUAAAACCGGAGAAGUGCUUGUAGUAGAAGCUGUCCUCAGUCAUUUUUAAAAUCUUGCCAGAGUAUUAUGAAGUGGAUUUUUUUAAAGAUAUCAUAGUAACGUCAAGUUAAUGUACUAAUAAGGCUGUGGUACUAAAUAAUUCGUAAUGAGAAUUCCAAUAAAUCAUCCUCAGGAAAGUAAACUUGGAAUCCUAAGACAGCAAAAUAGCGUCUCGAAGACGUCAUUAUCAUUUGUUUAAGGUCAAAGUGGUAAGUUUAUACGUAUAUGUCAAGAUGUCUUCUAUAGUGUGCGACAAAGAGACGUGAAGAAUUUCUUUGAAGAGUCCAAUGUAUUUUGUUUAGGGUACAGCAAUGACCUUAAAACGACGUCCGUAUGCGUUAUCUUGCUGCCUUGCAUUUCAAAUAUCAGGGCAUAAAGCAACUAUCAGAGAAUUCGAAUUUGUACUUGAAUAGGAGAAUAUUUGUAUAUGUGUACCAACGUCAUUUCCUGAUAUUUUUUAUUUUAUUUUUCCAAAUAUAACCCUAAUUCUAAUACGUUAUCUAAUCUUUCCACGACGUUGUCAGAUGAUUUCUCUUAUAGGUGGUCCUCUAAUGUCACUUACUUGUAUUUUUCUUCACGUUGGUUAUUUCUACACUAUUAAACCUUUUAUUUAUAUUUAAUAGGAAAGCAAUGUUUAAUGAUGUUCUUAGAGGUCGGCAUUCAACGUCAUUACAUAACAUUAAUUUGUAGUUAGUUUUAGUUGUAACAUCGUUGGACAUGUAACUAACUUCCUUUGUGACUAAUUUUGACUCAAAUAUUAGUAAAAAAUAUGGUUUCAGAAUAAUAUUAGAAAGAAACAUGUUAGCUAACUUUGGCAUUGUUGACUACUUGCUGGACCUGAAAAUAGAUACCAUGUCGGUGGGUCCAUGCUAAUUAUAACGGAAGAUUCUUGGAUUAAAUAAAAAAAUAGAUUUGUGAGAAAAGAGUAUCUAAAAAUGAGUACCAUAAGUCUUUUAAUUAGAAUUUUGAAUUUUAGAGCUUCAUUGGAAUUUUGUAAGAAUUAAAGGGAAAAUUAUAGGAACAUUUUAAAAAAAAUAUGAAAACGAUGUACCUAAUUCUUUUAACUUUGUUUUCCUUCUAAGAAUUCCGCUUUCAGGUUAAGGCGUUGAAACAUCAUUGUGUGCUAACGUUGAAUGAUACUUUUACUUUACAUUUUUACCCAAAUUUUGUAGCAAAUUGAGUUAUUUGAAAAAAAUUAAUAUCCUUAGGCUGGUUUCUAAAAAAUAAACCUAAAUAAAGUAGUAUUUAACCAACAACUUUUCAAGGCAAUACUCAUAAUUUUUACUAUAUAUACUCAUAUUUAAUUUGUUUCCCUAAUAGCAUAAUAAUGUAAUAGGAACGUCAAUUUGGGAUGUUUUUGGGACCUUCUAGAACGUACAUUAAAUUACGAGUUUUAUGGUAUAAGUCAAAUUUAAGUAUAAUUAAGUAAUUUCAAUCACUUAACUAAACAAUAAUUAUUAUCAAUUUAAGGUUGUUUAAAGUGUAAAUAUGACUUUGUUAGCUGUAUAGUCUAUAUUUAUAUUACUUUCUGGUAGUCUUUUGAAUAGCAUUUAAUAGUACUUUCAGGACUAUUAUAGCCAUCUU